AUGAAGCUCUUUACGGUCCAUAGAAAUCCCUUAAAUAUCGCUUACAAACAUCAACUUUGCUCAAUUGCGACGUUAUUUGUUCUUUUAGGAGCGAUAUUAGUCGUUGUCCUGCCUUUUGUUGUGAUUCAUUCCUUAUACCGAGACACGUGGAAGGAAGAAUUGCUGUUACAUGAACAACCAAACACAAAAUUCAGCUAUAAAUACAUCUUCAGAGCUACUUUGGGGAAUGAAAUUGACGAGAAAUUAGUGACUUGCAGCAGUUUUGCUUCAUACAAUGCCUUAACGGAGCCAUAUCAGGAGUGCAAUGGAGUGACGUUUUUGGAAUUUGACAAGAACCACGAUCAAAAAGUCGACGAAAUGAAGUUUAGUUUCAGUUUUGACUUGAUUCCCACGUACAAAGUGACGUCUUUUCAAUUAUUGAUAUUCCUUGAUUCGUUCGUUGAAGCUCAAUGCAAGUUCAAAUUGCCAACAGUGAUCGCAAUUGACAAAGAAUUUGCUGAAAAAUCUAUCCACGGAAGCAAAAUGAGCGUCAAAGGAGCUUUAUUAGCGAAACAACAACGAGCGCUUACGUGUCCUUACUUCCUUCGAGGCAUCAAAACACACUUUUUCUACAACUUGAUCAUCGAUAAUGCCACACAAACUCAUGAAUUUUCAAAUGAAGCCAUCAUGGAGAAGCUCUUUUUGAAUCCUGUUUACCUGAAAUUUCAAGAGGAAACGUCAAAAGUCACCAAAUCCCGAACAGAAUCGUUCACAAUGGACUUAACUGUUGAUGUUGAAGAGAUUAUGUUGCGUUACCAUUACACAUUAUGGCAAAUAGUUAAUCGAAUUUGGAUCCAAUAUUUAGCGGUUUUUGUCAUUUUCUACAUUUGCGGUGAAAAAAUCAAGGAUUACUUGUUCCGAAACCAAUAUUUAGCUGCUUGGGAAGUUGUUCCAUGGAAAAAAUUGAGAUAAAAUGAGAUUUUCACUAAAAAUUACACGA